AUGGAGCAAUUCAACUAUUUCAGAUAUGCUCUUCCGUUUGAAAGAGUGGAAAAUCCGAUUGAGAAAACGCUGUUAUUCCAAAGGAAUUGGCAUCAAUCGAUCACCGUUUCUGUGGGAUACUUCAUCCUUAUCAAAGUAAUCCAGCGGCUCAUGGAGCGUCGAGCUGCUUUUAAGCUUCGCUGGCCUUUGUUUCUUUGGAAUCUCUCACUUGCACUAUUCAGCAUCUGUGGUUUCAUUCGUUUCAGCGAGGAUCUAAUCUAUUCGCUGCUUUACAAAGGUGCUUACCAGUCGUUUUGUUACUCGGUACAUCCAAACGAUGUUGCUGCCUACUGGGCCUGCCUGUUCUUCUUUUCGAAAAUCGUGGAACUCGGUGACACGUUAUUUAUAGUGCUCAAGAAGAAGCCUCUCAUAUUCCUUCACUACUAUCACCAUGCUGCCGUGCUUAUCUAUGCCGCACAUUCCGGUCUGCAAUAUUACUUCGGAUUUCUUUUUUUGCUUUUUUUGAACUUUCUUGAAGAACUCAUAGUG